CAGCAAACAAAAUCUUACCUUCACUAUAUGGGAAGAGGGAAUUAUAGAAAACGAAGGUAGGAAACUGCUGCACCAAUUCCGAGAAUAUCCUGUAAUCCUUGCUCGGCGUAUUGGAGCGUCAAGAUAUAAUGGGUCACUGAGAACCGCCAAAUACUUACCUCUUUCACUCUCAGAAGUACAUCCACAUCAGGAUUUCUCAUCUCUGUUCCCAUGGAUGAAGAAAUAGUACCUAUUGCAAGCAUUGACUCGCAACAAGAUGGCCACACAUUUACAAUUGAGGCAAAAAUAACCUUUCCCACUGACCUUAAGAAAUUCUAUGUCUUAGUCUGUUCAAACUGUGGGCAAGACGUGCGCUAUCCAACCAUAAGAGAAAUCGAUUGUAUGAACUGUGACCAGAAAAACCUCUUAGUACCCAGGUGCAGGUUUGAUGUAGAUCUCACAGAUGACUCAGGCUCAACAAUUGGAAUGAUUAUGGAUAAAGAAGGAGAAAAAUUAUUGUCCCUUACUGCAGAAGAAAUUUACAAAAGGGCUUCGGAUCCGGGUAACUAUCCAUCUCUGGAAGACGUUCAAGCUAACAUUAGCAACAAACUCUUCCAUGUUCGAGCAAAGAAAGCAUUUGCCUGUGCUUCACGCACAACAUCAGUGAAAUUAAACAUCCACUCCUGUGUUGAAAAUGAAUGUUUUACUGAUUCUCUUCCGUCACCGAGCACAAUCAAUAUUCAUGAAGCAACCAAAAGAAAACAGAAAGUCCACCCACCGCACAUAACUGAAGAAGCUGGAUCACUCAAAAUGAAACAAAAACUGGAUCCAGCAACUCCUAAAAAAACCAACUGA